AUGAUAGUAAAUGAUAUAACUACAUAUUCAAGUCAUUUUUAUUUGGUGCAACAUUUGAACAGGCAGCAUGAUCAACCAGAGGGUGCAUCAGUCCAACCAGAAGAAAAUGGUUCUCAUGCAGUACCUGAUGACGAAAAUGAUCAGUUCUGGGGUUUAGAUGAUGUCCCAGUGGAAGCUAAGAACUCCCUAGAUAGUGCAAUUUGCAAAGAUACUCAAUUGAAUCACUUUGCAAAGCCUCCAGCUAAUUUAGUUGUGCUUGAAGGUGAUUGCUUAGAUGUUACUGGUGAUGGCAAUGAAUUAGAAUCCUACCUGUUAGCUACCAAUGAUCUUUACCGGGACUUUAUUCUACUAGACCCAUGUGAUGCAGUAGCAGUUAAUAACUAUUUUAAGGGUGAUAAAGCCGGUAAAGGGCAGAAUGGUAUCUGCAGAGGCAGUUCUCUGGCCUCUAAAUCUCGCAAGGGCUUUUUGUCUCCCAUUAACCAAUCUGGGGGAAUUAGCCACAAGUCAUCUGCUGGAAAGAAUCAGAAUGUUAAUCUUGAUCGAUCUCCUCCAGUUGAUCAUGGCUUAAAAUUUAAAGAUUGUAAUAUUGGGCCUGAUCCUCCUGCUUGUGAUAUUCCCGAAAACUAUGGAUUUGAAAUGGAUGAUAGAUAUUCAGAGCCUAGAGACUUGGAUGAUGAAGAUGAUCCAUGGAAGCCUUUGAAUCCCUAUGAACCCAGGAAUUUGAGGGUAAAACCUUUUUAAAAAGGUUGUUCAAGC